ACAUAUAUACCAAACAAAACUAAUCAAGCUCGAACUGACAGUUCAAUCUCGGUUGUAACUGCCAGCUUUCUUUCUCUUCAAGGGUUCUACUCUGUUUUGUUUUCUUGUGGUUAACGUUAAAAAUGAAGAGGAUUUGAGACCGGUCAUAGUCCCAUUGGUGAACAGUUUGAAAUCAAAGAUGGAUUCAGUGAGUCGGUCAGCUGUAACUCCAACUAAGAGUAGGUUGGCACGUACUAUUGCAAAAGUUCUUCAUCUUCGUGCUGCAACAGGUAUUGCCCCGGUUGAUGGGAUUCAGAAAGGUAACUCCCAAGAAUUUCAGAAGGGUAGCUACCAAGAAAUUGGGGUUCAGAAAUCCAAGUCCCAUGAAAUCGGGGUUCAGAAAGCCAGGUCCCAAGAAAUUGGGAUUCAGAAAGUCAAGUCCAAAGAAAAUGAAAAUCAGAAAUUCAAGUCGCAAGAAAUUGGAAUUCAGAAAGUCCAGGAUGGUUGGAAUGCUCCUAAGGUUAGGGUUACUUUGUCUCAAUCAUUUGAGAAGAACAACGACAAGCUACAGGAAAGAGCAGCCUUGGAAGCUCUUCUUGCAAAGCUGUUUGCCAGCAUUUCAUCUGUUAAAGCUGCUUAUGCUGAGCUACAAUAUGCUCAGACUCCAUACGAUGCCGAAGGAAUUCGUGCUGCUGAUCACACAGUAGUUGACGAGUUGAAGAAAUUGUCCGAGUUGAAGAGGUGUUUCCUAAAUAAGCAGUUUGAUCCUUCGCCGGAGACUACUGUAGUGUUGGCUGAGAUUGAGGAACAGAAGAGUGUUCUCAAGACCUAUGAGAUUAUGGGGAAGAAGUUGGAAUCUCAGGUGAGGCUCAAGGACUCUGAAGUAAUAUUUCUUGGUGAGAAGUUGGAGGAAGCCAAUAAACAGAACAAGUUGCUUGAAAAGAGAGUAUACCAGAGUGGGCAGAUAUAUGUGCCUGACAAUAUUCAUUUAUCUGGUUUAAGUCCUAGCCAUUUCAUUACAGUUCUACGGCCCACAGUCAAGUCCAUUCGGAGCUUUGUCAGGACAAUGAUGGAUGAAAUGAAAUCUGCUGGUUGGGACAUUCAUGCAGCAGCUCAUUCAAUUGAUGGUGGUGAAGUUGCUUAUUGGAAAGAAGACCACAAAUGUUUUGCAUUUGAACAUUUUGUUUGCAGGGAAAUGUUUGAUGCUUUCCAAUACCCCAACUUCUCACUUCCAAAUGAGUUCUUGCCGGAUAAAAAGAAACAGCAGCAGCAACUCUUUUUUGAGAGAUUCACGGAACUCAAACCUUGGAAGGCAAAGGAAUAUCUUUUCCGAAAUCCAAAAUCAGCAUUUGCCAAAUUCUGUCGCGUCAAGUACUUACGGCUGAUUCAUCCCAAGAUGGAAACAUCAUUUUCCGGCAAUCUGAAUCAAAGAAACCUUGUGAGUGACGGUGAGUUUCCAAACACUAAUUUCUUUUCUAUAUUUGCGGACAUGGCGAAACGGGUCUGGCUCCUGCAUUUGCUGGCCUUCUCCUUCAAUCCCGAAGCUGCAAUCUUCCAAGUGAGCAAAGGGUGUCGGUUUUCAGAAGUCUACAUGGAAAGUGUGGCGGAGGAAGCCUUCCAAUCAACGGCAUCAGAACCACUAGUGGGAUUCACAGUUGUUCCGGGAUUCAGACUCGGUAAAACAGUCAUUCAAUGCCAAGUUUACCUCACCUCUCAGUUACAGUCCAAUCGAAUAAAACAAAGGUAAAGCCAUUGUUGAUCAUUGGAGGUCAAGUUUGAUUCUCUCGGGUAGUUUUUGGCCCACAACAUAAUCAUUUCACAUUACUGAAGAAGAAAUAGCUUGCCUGGUUCCUGAUUGUGUUGUGGGCACUUCCAAUCCGGUCACCUGGACAUUUUUCUCCGUUUGUUUUUCUUUUUAGUCCAUUUCGAAAAAGGAAAGCGCGUCGACUGUUGUGUUGGAAGUUACCUUUGGAAUCAUUUCAUUGUUUAAUUUCUUCCUCCAAAGACAUCCCACAAUUUUGUUAAUAUUAGGCAAGUGACAGAAGGGAUUGUCUAGCUGUUUUGGAUCACUGUUACCAGACAUGGCAUGUUCUAAUUAUGUAAAUAAUCAUAUAUAUAAGAGGUGCAAUUUAGUUUCCUA